UUUCAACAUCUGCCUAUCAUAACUGUCAUAACAUAUUGCCACAAUCACAAAGAAAACAAAAAACAGAGAUGAAAGGGAUACGUGUAACCUUCAAGUAACCGACCAGCAAGUAACCGACGCAAAGUUCUUUAUGGGACUGUUAUUACGACAAAGCACUCGACCAAAGGAGUCUAGGUCUAGGACACAAGUCUAGGGAUCCACGGCAUGACUAUCGAGAGGCCGCAACGUUUCGCAACUUUUCAUCGUCCAAAUCUCGAGUAUAUCAGCGAUCCGCAGGAACGGGACAGGUAGAUGUCUGACUCCGACAGAGAACGAGAGAAGCACGAUGUCGAGGAGGGAGGGAGGAAAUCGUCUCACAACUCUGAAUUACUCUCACUCGCGAGAGGCCCCCGUCUCUUCUUCGUGGGGGCCCCUGCGCGUGUAUCCCCCUGCUUCUCCCGGGGGUAUAAAUGACUCCGGUCUACCUUCCACGGAGUCACAGAACUGAGCGGCAUCGCAGAAGCCGACAUGAAUCUUCUGAUCGCGUGUAUGAUUGUCGGUCUGGCAGGGUUCGCCCUGGCUGAGGCGCCUGUGUCCUCCGGCUACAGUUACAGCAGACCGUCCGGCGGUGGCGGCGGCGGUAGCUUUUCCUUCGGCGGCGGUGGCGGUGGCGGUGGCGGCUACACCCAGGUGUCCUUCGGUGGUCAGAGCAGCGAAGGUGCUUCCGUGGACGGUGCCCUGCUCGAGCAGAUCCGCCAGAUCCUCCUGAAGGAAGAGCUGCAGUCCCAACAGGGUGGCGGAUUUGGCGGCGGCGGAUUAGGCGGCGGAUUCGGACCUAGCUCCAGCUACGGUGCCCCGUCCGCGCAAUACGGCGCUCCCCCGUCGACGCAAUACGGCGUGCCCGGCUACCAGACCCGUGUCGUAGGCAUCGAUCUCGAGGGCAUCAGGCAGGCCAUCCAGGUUGCCCAAUUCAACCAGGUCAGCCAAGGUCCCGGAGGUUAUCCCAGCGGACCUAGCACCAGUUACGGAGCGCCCAGUAGGCCGUCCGGUAGCUACGGUGCACCGUAUUAAGGAUCAUCUUGGGUUGGAUGAUGAGAGAGAGCGAGAGAGAAUGAGAGAAUGAUAGAGAGAAAGAAAGAGAGAGAGAGAGAGGAUGGGAGAGUUGAUAAUGGCACCGGCCGACAACAACGACUACUUUCCGAGAUGCAGCUAAAAUAAACACAUAAUAUAAAAAGAUUAUAGAGAAGAUCAGAUAUACUUGGAAAAAGGUCAUAGAUGUCACCAGAUUCUCUCACGAAUGAUACAUUCCUCAGGCUCUUCAACUCGGAAGGUCGUCGAUAUCAGGAUUAGAGUAUCGGAUUCGCCGCAGAUCGAGAUUCAAAGACGAACUGGAUCACCGAAACUGGCGUUACUCGCCCUCGCGGUUCCAGCGUCGUCGCGUCCCUCAACUAAUGCCAGGAACUCAGCUAGAGGACACGUCAGACGGAAACGUGUGCGAAGAAAAGCGCAGAUGGCGAUCCGCGGGAUGGCAUCUGGUCCGUUGAGGAUCAAAUAGUCGUCGCUUCAACGGGUCAAGGUCUCCCGGGAUCCGCCGGAAAGGAACGCACCGUCUCCAAGCAGCAUCUCUUCCGGGCCCCUGACUUGUCGGGAAUCCAACGGUCGUCGCUUCGACAAGACAAAGGGUCCGCGAGAAUGUGAAUGUGGCCAGUUUUUUUUCUUUUCUUUCGGGAAAGACUCGGUCGCUUGAAAUCUUGAGCGCAGUCGGCACGGUGCCGAAGUCUAUCGUACCAAAAUCGCAUCAAUCGUCGCGGUCAUCGAUGUCAGUUGCGCGAGGAUCAGUGAUAUCGUAAGGAGGCAGGCGCAAUCGCUGACACAGACACACUUCACACAUUCCCGGCAAUCGUCGGGACACUCAUAGAACAAAGAAAGAGGAGAAGGAGGAGGCCGACAUGCCGAAGACGUGAUUGGCGCAAUUAGCGCCUUGUAAAUAAAAUUCUACACAUGAUCGCUAUAUCGCGGCGUCCGCUGCGUAAUUCGUUUCGGCUCUUCCGGCUCAAAGAUCGGUUCAUCAAUAUGAUACGAUCAAAGACCUUGAGGAUAUCAAAAGCUGAUAAUGUCUCAAGCGAUAGAUCCAGUUGAGGAGGAUCUUCGAACCGAAGGCUGAGAGAAUCGUGGAAAAAAAUAUCCGAAGAGUAUAAGGUCGAUUUCGCGUAGAGUAACCGACCUCUAUUUGUCCGCGAUAAGAUUCACUGAGGAUCACUGUAAACAGAAGAGCGAACCGGAUUACAGAACGGACGCCGCCGUGUCGGGCGACACGUACACGCGAAGCUACGAAUACAUAUUAUUUUUUUAAUACAUUUUAAC